GCCGGACAGCCCUGAGGUGAUGGAGACAGUCAGGGAGUUUCCCUGUUGACAGCAGCAGCCGACCUGACUGACACUCUCUCACUCAGCUAGCCUGCCAGCUAGCUAGCUAGCUGCACAACACCCAUUGGUCACGUCUAAACGUAGCUAACUACUCUAUUUGCAGAUAUCCAACAUGGAUUUAAACAAUAUUGUGUCACAGCUUGAAAAUGCCAACGAAGAGGAAAUCGAGAAGCUUCUGCUGCAGUAUAAUCGAGAGAACAGUCACACCUUCAGUUUUGACCAAAAGGAAGAGACCCUGCGGAUUAAGCUGUGUCAGGGUGUGUUGUCAGUUCUUGGCAGGCAGGUGCAGCCCAGCUGUCAAAAGACAUGUCUGGAGACACUCCGCAUCCUGUCCAGAGACAAGCGUGUCCUCGGACCUGUGGCCACUAGGGAGGGCAUGCUGAUCCUGGGAGGAAUGGCGAGGCUGAAUGCUGGUGAGGAAGGAGAUGAGAACCAGAAAAGCUCUCAGGAAGACACCCAGACAGAGGAGGAGGAGAGGGUGGUGGUGGAGGCCUUGAAAUGCCUAUGCAAUGUGGUGUACAACAGUCCUGCGGCUCAGCAGGUUAGUGUAGACGUGCAGCUGGCUCAUGGCCUGUGUGCCAUUCUGCGUAUGGCCCGCACAUGGCACCACGAGGUGGGCCUCUUCACACUGCGCCUUCUCUUCCUGCUGUCUGCACUGAGACCUGAUGUGAGAGGGGUAUUGAGGAGAGAAUUGCAUGCUAUGAGACUACUGACAGAGGUCCUGGAGCAUACCCUGGAUGUGAGCUGGGUUGGUCCAUAUGAAGCUGCCCGUCCAGAUCCGCAGGCCCUGCCCAUGCCUUCAGAGGACAAUGAGAGAACAAUGGAGGCGCUCAAAGCCUUGUUCAACCUCACGCUGUCUGACACUGGUGGUGAGGAGGAUGAUCACCAGUUCCGACUCAUCGCUGCCAUCCUGCGUCGUCUGUUGAUGCUGAAGACUGAGAUAGAGGAGAAAACAGAGGAAGCGCACAGCCAUGCCAUCAACCUGCUGAAUAACCUGCCUGUGUCCUGCCUGGACGUGUUAAUCGACGUGCCUGUCCAGGGAGGACUUGAGAUAUAUGGUGGGAAAAACAUGGAUGCAGUCCAGAUGUUAAUAGACUUCAUGGAGAAAAGGAUGGACAAGCAGGGCUCCAACUACAAAGAGGGUUUGACUCCGGUGCUCAGCCUUUUGACUGAAGGAUCCAGACAGCACAGGGAGAUCCGCAGAUAUAUCAAAGCUCAGGUACUUCCCCCACUGAAAGAUGUAAAGAUCAGGCCAGAGAUCGGCACCACCACCAGAAACAAGCUGGUUCGCCUUAUGACGCAUGUUGACAUGGGUGUGAAGCAGACGGCUGCAGAGUUUCUCUUUGUCCUCUGCAAAGAAAGCGUGGACAACCUGUUGAAGUACACAGGGUAUGGAAACGCAGCAGGACUCCUGGUGGCUCGAGGACUUCUCGCAGGAGGGAGAGGAGAGACUCAGUACUCCGAAGAUGAAGACUCAGACACAGAGGAAUACAAAACUGCAAAACCCUUCAUCAACCCCAUCACCGGUCAUGUGGAGGAGCCGAUGCCGAACCCUAUCGAAGAGAUGACCGAGGAGCAGAAGGAGUACGAAGCCCAGAAACUGGUCAAUAUGUUUGACAAGUUGUCAAGGCAGAACGUGAUCCGGCCAAUGGGGGUCAUGCCUGACGGGACGUUAGCACCUCUUGAAGAAACUCUCUGUGAUCCACCCGAGGACUCAGGAUCAGACUCUGACUAGUGCACGACACAUUUAGGCUGCAUUUUCCAGGCUAAGCCCACUUGGCCCCCCCAACACAUCUGGAGCUGUGUCCCAUUUCAAGGUCUGGAUCCUUCUGAUUAAAAGGAUCUCUCACAAAAACCCAAACUAAUGCUUGAAUUUAGUCUUUUUUAACUUGUAUCACCAGGAACUCUCCAUAAAUUGACAAAGUUUAAAAACUGGUAACUGGGACAAGCUUUGUGAAUUAACAUUAACGAGUUUUAGUGUAACAAAUGCGUCACAACUGCAAAUGGUGUAUCAGGUUAAUGGUAAAUGUAUCCAUAUGACUUAUAUUUAUCUGUAAGUUUACACCAGCUCUAGUUAUCUAACGAUAUAUAAUAUAUGUUGGCCCGACAUGACGUGUUUAAAAUAGAAAUGUGACUUCUGGUGAUCCAGCCCUGAACUGGGACACAGCUCAUCUUGUCCCAGGAAACUGUAGAGGCCCUGUCGCAGCAGUGAGACAUUCUCCAAAGUGGAAGUGGACUUGAUGCGCGACAGAAAGACUCUGCAGUGGCAUCAAAAUGCAAAGGAGGCUUCCAUGGUUACUGUUGCACCUUCCUCAUUUAUCACGCUCCCUAAGUUGAAAAAAAUCUAGGUAAUAAUAUAAUUCUUUGCUGGAUCAUUUGUUCGUCACUGAAAGCACUGUUGAUAUGGUUUUGUUAAGUGUCAUCGGGUCUGAGUAAUCAUUCCUUCACCUGUGCUUUUGUUUUUCACUUUUUUACAUUUCUCUUUUCUGCUACAUGAUGAUUUUGUCCACUGUGUUUAUUCCUCAAGUGCACAUCCUACAAACUAGUUUAAACUCAUUGAAAACUGUCAACAUUGAACGUAGGUUUAAGAGCAUGGGGCCUGUCUGUUAUGGACCAGCGGAUUGAUGUACAUUUAGAGAUCAAGCAGUGUCAGUGUGGAUAGAUUUAACUUGCAGCUCAGUGAGUUUGUUUGGUUGUGUAAAUUAUGAUGAAUGUUUCACCAGUUAGUCGCCGAGGAAACCUUCUGAAUUUAGGGCUUGUUGGUUUACUGUGGUGUCACUGAAACUUCUUUUUUUAUUUAAAAUCAUGACUUUAAAUGGAGAGACGCAACAUUUUCCUGCGGUGGAUCGUAGUAAACGGAUUGUUUCUGCCUGCUGCAGGACUCUUGACAACGAAUUGUGUAAACUGCAAUGAUUGUUUGCUAAUCCGCUUUACUUUUGCCAAAUCUGCAUGAUGUCAAAUCAGUUAUAAGUGAUGUGGUUUUCUUUUUUUUCUAGAUUGAAAGUUUUGCUAAUUGUAUACAAAUCCACAAGUUUAGUGUCUGUAUAAACUGAAUAAUAUUUCUUUGUGUUGGUACAAAUCUAAUAUAAUUUAAAAUCUGCCUGUUCUGAAAUAAGCUGCAUGGUCAGUUACAACUUCAACAACAGAUUUGGCCCCCGAACUGAAACUUUGGAUUAUGGAUACGUUUGUUGUAUAGAAACAAAUUGCUGAGAGAGAGUAAAUAUUGCUUUAACCAGA